CCCACUAAAACCUGUUCCCUCCCAUAAAAAAAAAAAAAAAAAAAACCUGUUCCCGCAACCAAACCUGCCGGGGGAAAUGGAGCUCCUCCUCCUCCUCAUUUCCUUACUCUGCCUCGUCUUCACCAUCACCAUCCUCCGCUUCCUGCUCGCACCAAAACCUCCGGCGGCGGCGGCCAAACUCCCUCCGGGCCCCACCCGGCUCCCAAUCAUCGGCAACAUCCACAAUCUAGGCGCCAAGCCUCACAGAUCGCUGGCCGACCUCGCCAAGAAACACGGGCCGUUGAUGAGCAUCAAGCUGGGCAGAAUCACCACCAUCGUCGCCUCUUCUCCAGCCGUGGCCAGAGAGAUCCUCCAGAAGCACGACAAAGUCCUCUCCCACCGCCACACCGUCCUCGCCAUGGAAGUCCUCGACCUCCACAAAUUCGCCAUGCCCUUUCUCCCCCCGGAUUCCAAGUGGAGGAACCUCCGGAAAGUGUGCAACUCCUAUCUCUUCACCCCUCAGAAGAUCGACUCCUACCAGGAGCUCCGCAGGGAGAAGGUUCUCGAGCUGUUGGAAGAUGUCCGACGGGCCGCCUCCCAGAGGCCAGGGGAGGCGGUUGACGUCCGGAGGGCGGUGUUCAGGGCGACUCUGAACUCUCUGUCGUCCACCAUUCUCUCGUUGAAUCUGGGGGACGUGGAGAGGUCGCAGACCGCCAGAGAGUUUCAGGAGGUUGUGAGCGGGAUCAUGGAGGAAGCAGGGAAGCCCAACUUGGGAGACUACUUCCCCGUGCUAGCGAGGAUGGAUUUGCAGGGGAUACAGAGGCGGAUGAAGGGUUAUUUGGAGAAUGCUCUUAAUUUGUUUCAAUGGGUCAUCGACGAACGGAUGAGGAAGAUCAAGUCCGAUGAUCUCUAUGUCUCGCCAAACGACAUGCUCCACACGCUUCUGGCCAUUGGAGACGACGACAAUCGUGAGGGGGCUGCCGCCGUGGAUCCACUUUCCAUCAAGCACUUGUUGUGGGAUCUGUUCGUAGCUGGUACGGAUACAACUUCAAGCUCAUUAGAAUGGGCAAUGGCAGAAUUCCUGCGUCAUCCCGACAAACUCGCCAAAGCAAGGGAAGAACUAGAUGAAAUCAUCGGAAAAGGCAAUCAUCUUUGUGAAUCAGAUAUAUCUCGAUUGCCAUAUCUACAAGCAAUAGUGAAAGAGACCUUAAGGCUACGCCCAGUAGCUCCCCUGUUAGUUCCCCGCAAAGCAAGUGAAGAUGUGGAAAUAUGUGGCUUCCUCGUGCCGAAAGGUGCACAAAUUCUGAUCAACGUAUGGGCUAUUAAUCGCGAUCCGGUUGCAUGGGACGAUCCAGACUCAUUCAUGCCAGAAAGGUUCCUGGACUCGAAGGUCGAUGUUAGGGGGAAAGAUUUCGAGUUGCUUCCAUUUGGUGGCGGAAGAAGGGUAUGUCCUGGAAUGUCGUUGGGAUUGAGGGUGUUCCAUAUGAUGCUGGGUUCAUUGAUUCAUUGGUUUGAAUGGAAGCUGCCGAAUGGGAUCGUGCCAGAGAAGCUAGAUAUGGAAGAGCAGCUUGGUAUGGCUUUGCAUAAGUUCAAACCUUUGCUUGCGGUCCCGACUCCUAAAUAAUAUCUUAUGAAAAGAAUUGGCACUAUACUUACAAUCUAUUGUUGCUGUGAUCGUGAUAAAUUUCUUCCUGGGCAUAAUAAUGAAUUCAUAAACUUCGAACGGAUCAUGAAAAGCCUUGGAAACAAUCUUCCUCUCAUGCAUCUCUUUGCCCUUCUUGUAGGUUCGAGUGUCAUAUAUAUUGUUUAUGUGGGACAAGCAUAUACUAACUAGCACUACAACAACAAAA